GUUCAGCGCUCACCCCUUCUCCUGUCGCACUCGCACAGGCCACCAGUCCAUUGGCAACAUGGAGAGUAUGCGGGACCUGAACAAGAAUGAUGGUGUAGAGCAGGUCGAGCAAGACGAUGCGAAGACGAAGCUUUCAACGAUUGCUUCGCCUUCAACUGUGGACCCUCCGGUGAAGACGAUUCAUGAGGUGUAUAGUCCAGAGCUGGCAAAGGCGAUGGCGUCGGCUACGCCUAUGAAUGCGCUUAGUGGGAGGAGCUUCAAGUUGUACUUCAUCAUGAUGGUUGGGUUCUUGAAUGCCGUGUCUUCUGGGUUCGAUGGGAGUUUGAUGUCAGGUAUCAAUGCGAUGGACCAGUAUCUCGACUUCUUUGGGUACACGACUACAGGAGCAUCUACCGGUGUCAUCUUCAUGAUCUAUGUGGCGGGAAACUGCGUCGGCUCCUUGUUCGCGGGGCCUUUCUGUGACCUCUGGGGUCGACGAGGUGCUAUGUUCGUUGGCGGAUUUUUCAUCUUACUAGGUUCUGCUGUCGUGACUUCGGCACAGACUGCAGAGGCUUUCAUUGGUGGACGGUUCGUCCUUGGUUUUGGUAUCGCCAUUUCUACCACUGCUGCUCCGACAUGGGUUACUGAACUAGCUCCUCCGACAUGGAGAGGACGCCUGGGAGCAUUCUACAACUCCUGCUUUUUCAUUGGGAGUAUCCCCGCCACCGGCGCCAUGGUCGGCACGAACAAGAUGAACUCUACCUGGGCAUGGCGUCUACCUUUGAUUCUCCAGAUCGGACCACCUAUCAUUGUCAUGAGCUGUGUCUGGUUCUGUCCCGAGUCACCUCGAUACUUGGUAGCACAGGGAAAGAGGGAGGAGGCUCUCGCGGUUCUGGUGAAGCACCAUACUAGUGACGGGAAAAUCAAUGCUUUGAUUGAGCUCGAGAUGAAAGAGAUUGAAGAGAGCGUUACCGUUAAACGUCAGACUCCAUGGUGGGACUAUAGCGCUUUGUUCAAGACUCGCAAUGCCCGCUGGCGUAUCCUCUGCCUUGCUCUAAUGUGUAUUAACGGUCAACUGGCCGGCAACGGUUUGAUCACAUACUUCCUUCCCGUUGUCCUCUCGAACGCCGGAGUCACCUCGUCGCAGCGACAACUGGUAUUCAACUUCGCGAACUCGAUCCUCUCAGCCUUUGGCGCGUUCCUGGGCGCCUCAGUGACAGACCGAAUUGGUCGUCGUCGACGACUUUAUGUCGGUGCUUUCGUCCUCGCCUGUCUACUUGCAACUGUGGCUGCUAUGUCUUCCAAAUACGGCGUAAAGGGCAACACGAAUACCGCUGGGGCGAACGCAUCCAUAGCGUUCAUCCUCUUGUUCGGUGUUGCAUACAGCUUCACGUACACACCACUUCAGGCACUCUAUUGUGCAGAGGUUAUGAACAACGAUACGCGCGCGAGAGGAAUGGGCAUCCAUAUUCUCAUUUCCAACAUCGCCGGCUUCAUCAAUACUUUCGCAAACAGUGUCGGCCUGGGCAAACUCGGAUGGAAGUACUACUUCGUCUUCGUCGCCUGGAAUCUCGUCGCAUGUGGGCUAUGGUACUUCUUCUGCGUCGAAACGCGUGGUCGAACUCUGGAGGAGCUGGAAGAUGUGUUCAACCAGCCGUGGCCUGCAUGGAGCAGUAAAAGGACGGUUAAGGUCGAGGUUAAGGAGACGGGUGAUGUGGAGGUUAUCGAGACGAUCUGA